ACCUCUAGUCUGGAGAUGUCACUCUCCCACUUGUUGCUCUCUCUCUCUCUCUCUCUCCUCUCUCUCUCUACAAUUUUUUCCUUUAAACCCUACUUCUCCAAGCCAUUUAACACCCAUUUCACCUCUCAGUUCCUCAUUCACACACACCCCUCCCAACUCAGUUCCCAAUUUCUCACAGGUUCAACGAAAAAAAUGAAAGUACUGGAGAACAAGCUACUAAACAUAGGCCUCCCAGUCCUCGUAACCCUCGUUGUCGCGAAACUCGUCUCUUUAUUCCUAAACCCAAGAUCCCCCACCCGCCGCCUCCCUCCGGUUAUCGCCACGUGGCCGGUCAUCGGCGGUCUAGUCCGGUUCCUAAAAGGACCGGUUGCGAUGAUAAGAGAAGAGUACCCAAAACUAGGGAGUGUGUUCACGCUGAAGUUGUUGAACAAGAAGAUCACUUUCCUUAUCGGGCCUGAGGUAUCGGCCCAUUUCUUUAACGGCUUCGAAUCGGACAUGAGCCAACAGGAGGUGUACCGGUUCAACGUGCCGACGUUCGGGCCGGGCGUGGUUUACGAUGUGGAUUACAGUGUACGGCAGGAGCAGUUUCGGUUCUUCACUGAGAGUCUUAGGGUUAGUAAGUUGAAAGGUUAUGUGGAUCAGGUGCUUAUGGAAGCUCAGGUACUGGGUUUUUGAAGCUUUUCAUUGUGUUGUGUUUGGUAUUCACUGUUUGAUGUCGUAGUAUCUAGGUCACGUAAGGCUUGUCAAGCGCGCAAAUGCUUGUCAAGCGCGAGUGUGAAAGUAUUUUUGAAAAUAUUUCAUAAUAGUUAAAAGCGUCGCAAGAAUGAGGAUUAAGAGAAAAACGAAUGGCAUUAUGGAAUAUCGAUUGAGAUAGUCUUUUUUACGGAGGCUCUGUGAAUAAUGGCUCGACGCAAUCUCACUUGCCUAUUCGCGCAAUCAAUGAUUGAGAUUCGUUUCAAUUAUGACCGGUCACAAUUAACUCUUUCUCAGAAAAGUUUCAUUAACAUCUUGACUGUCCAAAAUACUUUUGAACGAUCACGAUUGAGUACUGUAAACACUUAUUUAUGACACCUCUGUAAAGAAGAUUUUGUCAUAUGAUUA